AUGACUUUGAGUCUCUUACAAUAUAUUGAUGAGGAACUGAAACUAAGAGCCACAUUGCCAUUAACCGAUACCAAAGAUUUACUAAGCACUGAAUGCAAUUGUAGCCAUAACGGCGGUAGUAGUGGUGGCGGUGGUGGUGGAGGAGGUGGCAGUAGCAGUGGUAGUGGUGGUGUUAACAACAGUAACAACCAUAAUAACAUUGCAUCAUCCAACAACUCAUCAACGACAACAAAUGGCACCUCAUCGGCAACAACGGCAUCGUCCAACUCCUCCUCCACACCGGCCGCAGCUUUAAUAAACUCCUACUCCUCAUCCUCCUCGUCAACGACAACGACCACAAAUGGCGGCAGUGGUAAUGGUCCUUCGUCAUUAUCCUAUGGCAGCGGUUAUUCGAAUUUGCGCACCACAGCUCUGGAUGCCAUCGAUCUCACCGAUAAUCAUUCAUCACUGUUUGCCCAUUUCGAUAUGCUGCGACAUGGAUACAUCAACUACAACAAUCACAGCCGGCCCAUUUCCAUUCCAAAUGCAGCAAAUGCAAAUGCAGCGGCAGCGGCAGCAGCAGCAGCAGCCGCAACUGCAUCCUCCAACGGCCAAUUGUCCACAUCGACUUCAAUGUACAGUCAUCAUCCUAUGGAUAAUUCAUGUUCUGAUCAAAAGGGUGGUAGUGGCGGUGGUGGUGGUAGUGGUAGCGGUAUUAUUGACCCAUACCACGAUGGUGUUGGUGGUGGCAGUAGAAUUGGUAGUAGUAGUGGUAGUAACUUUGCCAACAGCGGCAGCAGCAGCAGCGGCGGCGGCGACGGCAACAGUAGUAGUGGUGGCAUUGGUGGCGGCCACUACCAUCAACAUCAGCAUCACCAUCAUCAUCACCAUCGUCAUCAUAGCCAAGAUAUUUACUCACCUUCUUCAUCAUCAUUUCUGCACUCUAACAAUUCUAGUUCGGGUAGUAGUGUUAGUCACUUGGGUGGUGGUAUUAGUGGUGGUGGUCACAUACAUUCCUCCUCAUCUGCUAACGCUUCCUCCUCCUCAUCAUCUUGUACUACUACUAACAAUCAUAACAAUUGUGCCAUGUCCAGUUGUGCGUCCAUUUGUCCGAAUAUAGCAUCUGUGUCCUCCUCCUCCUACUCCUCAACGUAUAUAUACAAUAAUUACCUUCGCAAUAAUGGUUCCAAUUAUUUAAACAGCAAUACGACCAGUGAUGUUGUCGCCUCAACAUCCUCAGCAUUAUCCACAUCCGCCUCUGCCAAUAAUGCACCAUCGGCGGCAAAAGCAGCGGCAGCCGGAACGGCCACAACGAAUGAUCCGCAAACAAGUAGCAAUAAUUUGAUGAACUAUAACAGCCAUCAUAACUGUGAUUAUCAUCAGCAUCAUCAUCAUCAUCACCACAAUCAGGAAAACAAUCAGAACGGUUUGGAAGAUUCUCCCAGACGACAUAGUUCCAUGGAUCAACUGCUGGGUCUGAUUAAUGAUAUGGGCAAAUCAUCGCGUACCCGUAGCCUCAGUGACGGUGGUACUCAGGAAGAUGAUGAUGAACUGGAAAAAGAAGCCCAGCCCGAUUUGUUAAACAAUACACCUCCUGUGCCUCCCAAACGCUCCCACAGACGACGACACACUCCCCCACGCCCCAUAUCGAAUGGCCUGCCACCAACACCCAAAGUUCACAUGGGUGCCUGUUUCUCCAAAAUAUUCAAUGGUUGUCCUCUACGUGUUCACUGCACUGCCUCGUGGAUCCAUCCGGAGACACGAGACCAACAUCUGCUCAUCGGAGCCGAAGAAGGUAUAUUCAAUUUGAAUAUGAACGAACUUCACGACGCUGCCAUAGAUCAAUUGUUCCCCCGGCGUACGACAUGGUUGUAUGUCAUCAAGGAUGUCCUCAUGAGUCUAUCGGGUAAAUCGUGUCAGCUAUAUCGUCACGAUUUGAUUGCGCUGCACUCGAAGCAAACCCAUCGAUUUUCGAUGCACAUGAACAAAAUUCCCGAACGGCUGGUGCCACGCAAAUUCGCCCUGACCACAAAGGUACCCGACACCAAAGGCUGUACACAGUGUUGUGUCACACGCAAUCCCUACAAUGGCUAUAAAUACUUGUGUGGUGCAACACCCAAUGGUAUAUUCCUGAUGCAGUGGUAUGAUCCGUUGAACAAAUUCAUGCUGUUGAAACAAUGCGAGUGGCCGGCCACAAGCAUACUCGGCGGUGGUCAUGGUUGUGUGCAGAACGGCCGCACUCCGGUCUUUGAGAUGAUUAUAACACCCGAACUGGAAUAUCCCAUUGUGUGUACGGGAGUACGGAAGGCCGUCAAUGGAUGCCUGAAGCUGGAACUCAUCAACAUGAACAGUGCAAGUUGGUUCCAUGCGGAUGAUUUGGAAUAUGAUGCUAUGGCCACAAUGGUACCCCGACGAGAUCUACUCAAAGUGGUAAAGGUCCAUCAGGUGGAGAAGGAUGCAAUAAUUGUGUGUUAUGGAAAUGUGAUACAGGUGGUUACUCUGCAAGGUAAUCCCAAACAGCAUAAGAAAAUGGUCUCCCAGUUGAAUUUCGAUUUCAACGUGGAUAGUAUAGUUUGUUUACCCGAUAGUGUUUUAGCAUUCCACAAGCACGGCAUGCAGGGCAAGUCGCUGCGAAACGGUGAAAUAACCCAAGAAAUUAAAGAUAUGAGCCGUACAUAUCGAUUAUUGGGAAGUGAUAAAGUGGUGGCACUAGAAAGUCAAUUGUUACGAACUGGUUCCUUGGGCAGUGAAGAGGGUCAUGAUUUAUACAUUUUGGCCGGACACGAGGCCAGUUAUUAGAAAACACAAAACAAUUGUAAUGUUGUUGUUCAAACACAAAAUAACAAAUGGCUUAUAAAUUAGUAUUACCAAAACUAAAAUAAAAUUCACUACAAACUAAUUUACAAAAAAGGAACACUUUCUUGAAAUAAUAGAAAAGUUUUUUUUUUCGAAAAAGAAAUGACUUUGUAAAAAGCAAAAAAACAUAGAGGCAAGUUUAUUAUUUAUAAACAAAAGAAAAUGUCUACUCAAACAAAAUAGUGGUUAUUGAGAAAAAAAAACAAAAAAAUAAAAAAUUGGCAAAGUUGUGCUAAAACUCUACUAUUUGAAAUGGCAAACAUUAAAAAAACAUUAAGAUUAGAAAAAACAACAAUUUAGUAUGUCUUGUAAAAUUCUAAAAGUAUUUUCACUAACACAAGAGAAAUUUCCAAACACUACCACAAAAGAAAAUGCAAAAAUGUAAACAGAAACUUUUUGAAAAUAUUGAAAAUAAAAACGGAAUACAAAGAAUGAAUUCUGGCUUCUUUGUUAAAUUUGGCAGAGUAGAUUUGCAUUAGAGUAAAACAAAGUUGAGUAAUUAUUUUUAACAAAAAAUCGUUAAAAAUAAAAUAAAAAACAAUAAUUAAUAACGUAAAUGUAGUAAUGUAAACUUUCAACUAAAGGCAACAACAGAACAUCCAAUAAAUCUACUCUUAAAUUUAAUCUGUGUAUAUUGAUUGUAAUAAAAAAUAAUAAUAAAAUUAACACUCACACCGCAAGAAAACAAAAAAAAAACAAGAACUAUAUUAUUAAUUCAAAACGAAAUAAAAUACCAUUUAACGAUUAAUUGUAUUAAUUUAUAAACAAACAACCAACAAACAACAAAUAUUAUUUAUAUUUGUCAAAUAUAUUAUUAAAACUUUAUGUUUAUCAUAAUUAUUAUUAUUAUUUUUACGCAAACAGAAAAACAUGUAAAAACAUUUUUUCUUCGUCCUUCCUCUAUUAGCCAUUAAGUUUAUUAAUUAUAGAUUUAGCAUUAAACACAGUGAUUUAUGAUAUAAAUUUAUAAAUAUAUUUAAAAAAACCAAUACAAAAAAAACAACAGAUUCCCCCCAAAAAACAAAAGAGAAACACACACACAAAUCAAUCCUUAAUUUAUAUACAUACAUGCAUACUGAUAUUGUGACACUUUAUAUUUACAUACCUACAAUACAAACAUAAAUUAUUAUUCAAUAAAACAAACUACUACGUAUUGACAAAUAUUCGUUAAUUAAUUAUGAUUUUGGUUGGAGCGGAAAUUUUCUCAUCGAUUAGAUGAUAACCCAUCAAUAAAGAGUAUCAACAAAGACAGAAGGCCUCAGAUACAGUUAUUGGCCCACAAUCACAUUUUGAGUAUUCAAAUAUCGAUACUGUGCUCUUUACAAAGAGAAAAUAAAUAAGUGACGAUAAACAUUUAUGUAUAUUUGACUUCGAAAUAAAGUUCUGAAAAACUUCUCUCAUUCGAUAUCGAAAAAAAUCAAUUGAAAAUUCGGUAGAAACGAACUAUACUUCGUAUGCUAGAGUUGAGUACACGUUGUUCUUCAAAGAAAAUUAUUUCUAAUAAUCUAAAAUGAACAUAAGGAAAUUGAUUUCGAUCGAAAUUCUUUCGUUAUCCAAUGCAAGAACUUUGCCUUUUUGUGGUAGUACCUCAUUUCAGCAACGUAAUAACUAGUUAAUGAUAUGCUAACUAAACGAUUGUCGUAUUUAUUAUUAAAUAUUUGUUUGUCGCGUAAGGGUCCUACUUAAAUACGAAUGAGUACAGUUUUAUUUCCUACUAUAAUUAAAUAUAUGUUUUCCAAAAAAAGGUACCUAAAUGUCCUUGGCGUAAAAAAUGAGCAGUUUAAUUAUACACUCAGCCAUAUGACCAGUUAUGGCUCAGGGCAUAUGGCUAUUAAUAACCUCAGCCAGAUGACUAGAGAGAGUAUAUAUCAUUUGAUACGGCCAAAACGUGUCUCAUCGAAAUAACGGUUUUAGACCUAGGUCUUUUUGGAUCAAACCCGUUUCAGGACAUUUGAAGUCGAUCUAGCGAUGUCCGUCUGUCUGGCUGGUUGGUGCAUACAAAAGGAGUAUCCGAUUUGGUCCAAUGUGUACAUCGUAAUAUAAUUAUCAAACUUACAUCGACUUCGGAGAUGAGCAAUAUCGGUCCAUUCUUUCUGGUACCUCCCCCAAUAGGACGAAAUUUUCAAAGAAAAUAUUUUAUUGAACAGAAAGAUAAAAGAUUAUCCAAUUUGGCAAAUCCUAAUAUUUACAUCACUGCUAGUUCAGGUGCGAAAAUGGACAAUAUAGGUAUGGAAUAUAUCAGUCAAAUUCUCCCCCACAAAGGGUCAAAAUUUUGAAUAUCCAUGAGCUCAUAAAACAAGAAAUUAACAUCCGAUUCAGCUCAGUCUUGGUACAUUUCAAUAUUUUCACCAACACAAGAUAUAUUAUGAAGAUGGAAGAGAUCGGAGUAUUUCUUUCGGAUUAUAAAAUCCGAAAUAAACAUCGGGUUCUCUUCAUAUUUCACACAUCCCAUUAUUUCUACUAACACAAGAUCUGCUGUGAAGAUGUAAUAUAUCGGUCAGCUCCUCUGUUACCUCCCCCACAAAGGGGCAAAAUAACAAUGAAGCUCAUAAAACGUGAAAUGAGCAUCCGAUUCCAUUCAGACUUGGCACAUCUCAAUAUUUCUAUCAACACAAAAUCUGUUGUAAAGAUGGGACCAUUCCUUCUGGUACCUCCCCCACAAAGGGUCAAAGUUUUUAAUAACCAAAACGAUUAUAAAAUCAGGCUUUCUUCAUAUUUCACACGUCCAGGGCCACAUAGCGGGACAAUACCAAAAAAAUUACCUACAGAGAACACGAAAUAUCAAAUUACAGCUAUUUGGUUGGAAUGUGGAACGUAGGCUCUGGACGAAUUUUCAAUACCAAACAUUCCAGGAAUAAAAUCAAGUGUAUUUGUAGCUCACAAUGGGUUCUAGCUCCGGUGGCGGAACAUAGUAUAUAGGGGUCUACGUUUUGGUAUAGCCCCUAUGUAUCGGUACCUUCCGAUAUUCGGUAUUUUGAAGAUUUUCGUCACAUUUUUUCACGGAUUUGUCUAAAAAUUGGUAUUUGUAGUUCGCAAUGGGUUCUAGCUCCGGUGCAAAACAUUGUAGGUAUAGGUCCACUUUUUUGUGUAGCCCCCACAUAAGGGUACCUCCGGAUAUUCGGUAUUUUCAUGCUUUUUCCUACAUUUUUGCACGGAUUUGUCUAAAAAUUGGUAUUUGUAGUCCGCAAUGGGUUCUAGCUCCGGUGGUGGAAUAUAUUAUAUAUAGGUCAACCUUUUGGUAUAGCCCCUAUGUAACGAUACCUCCCGAUAUUCGGUAUUGUGAGGAUUUUCGUCACAUUUUUGCACGGAUUUGUCUAAAAAUUGGUUCUUGUAGCUCGCAAUGGGUUCUAGCUCCGAUUGCAAAACAUUGUAUGCAUAGGUCGACGUUUUUGUAUAGCCCAACAUAAUGGUACCUCCGUAUAUUCGGUAUUGUGAUGAUUUUUGCCACAUUUUUGCACGAAAUUGUCUAAAAAUUUGUAUUUGUAAUUCAAAAUGAAUUCUAGCUUCGGUGGCAGCACAUUGAAUAUUAAGGUCCACGUUUUCCUAUAGUGCACAUACAACAAUGCCCACCGAAAUUCGAUAUUUUGAAAAUCCUAGUCAAAUUUACCCACGAAAUUGUUUCAAAUUUGGUAUUUAAGAAGAUUUGAUAGAUGACAAUCCUUGAAGUGUAAAUUUGUCUAUAGAGGUUUCCGCUUUGGUAUGGGUCCCAUACAACGGCCUCACCCACUUUAUGGUAUUUUGAAACACGUUUGAAUUCCGAUACUUUUAUAUAAAAAUGUUAUCUUUACCCAAAGGUGAAUGGUAUUAAAAGUUUUUUUUACUUAUUAAUAGUUGAAAUGGUGCGGAAAUCUUCAUUGGGGUCAAAAUAAGUGUAUUUGGAUUUUGAAAUUUUCAAAUCAUCAUAAAUAUUAAAUAUUUGUAAUAUAGCCUUAAGUGACUUUUGAAAAAAUACUUUCAGAUAUAUUCCAAAGAUCCCGUUUGAUUUACACUAAAAACAGAAUGAUCAGGUUCACACUAAAGCUUUCUAUCGUGAUAUUUGCUUUUUAUUUUUUCAAAAUCAAAUAAAUCUUUAAAUAAUAAUAAUAGGCUCCCACGUUUGGUGUUUACAAAUUUUACAUUGUGGGUUUUUAGACUACAAAUUUUUUGUUUUGGACACAUUUUUUAAUGAUUUUAAAUAAGGCGAAGAGUGGUACUUUUGUUUCACAAUUUAAUAGAACUCAUAAUUUUUGGAAGUCCUCGACUCAUAUACGCAAAAUAUAGCAUUGAUGAACCUUUCUGAGUUUUAAAGUGAUUAACUUUCUUUUCGAUUAACUUAUAACCAGGGGACACAUUUUUCUUCAUCAUAAAAUUUGUUUUUUUUUAUAAGAAAAGAUAUUGUGACUUAAAUAAAAAAUAAUAAUUCAUUACUAAUUUAAGCCAAAAUAGUAUACUAAAAUUAAAAAAUAUAUUUUUCUAAUAAAAAUUCAAAAAUUUAAUAAAAAAAAAACAAACAAAUCACUUACACCACCUUAAAAUUGAAAAGAAAAUCAAACACUUGCAACAAAUAAUACCUAAAAAAUUAAAAAAAAAAACAAAAAGUUUACCAAACGUUUUCUAAUUGAAUAAAUAAAUGUAAUUGUUAAACAAGUGCAACCAACAACAACAAACACAAAAAAUCUGAAUGUAUAAAAAUACAAAAAUUACUUACAACAAUAAAAACAAA